AGGAAACAAAGAAUUUUGUCAGCUGAAGUCUUGUUGUGGGAAAAGUUCUCUCCACAGUGGACAUGGCCACAGGAGUCCAGGGUGGAAUCAUUUUUUGGCUCUUUGGUGGUGCAGCCAGGAAUCUGGAAGCCCAAGACAUUUAAUUAAGUGGCUUCAGCCACUCCAGGAGCAGAAAUACACUGGGAUGUUUGCAGUGACUGAGGAGGGUCCUGGGAGCAGCACAAGGGGAUCCAGACUGAAGGCACCUUUGACCUGUCUGCACAGGUUCGGUUCUGUGGCUCCAGAUGGCCAGUACCACUCCCCUAUUAAGAACAAGAGUGCACGGUUCAAUGCAGUGCUGGCAGCACUCACCCCUUCGAGAUUAGCUGUGACUUUCCAAGCUAUGGGUCUCAUGAAGCUUGGGUUGAUGAUAGCCAUUCGCUGUAGCCACAGCUGGAGGCAGUUUGCACCCGAAGCCAAGGAGGAGGUUGAGAUCAUUGCACAUGGAACACAGACCCCGCGGCUGAUGCCUCACCUGGCCACAGCCUGGGCCCUGACCUUUGCCAGCAGGUGAGAUGGCUCUCAGGCCUUGGAGGACCUGCGGGAGGGGCAGGAGUUUGUCAGCAGCCGCUCACUGCAGGCUUUGGCAGCGGGACUGAAGGCCUGCAGCAAUUGGGAGGCGGUCAGCUGCUUGCAGGACUGCCGCGAGUGCACCGGGGGACUGGGUUACAUGAUGGAAAACCGAAUCUCAGGCUUAAAAUGUGACACAGAUGUGUUUAUAACUUUUGAAGGUGACAAUGCUGUUAUGCUGCCGGUUGCUGUGCGGGAACUGCUGGCUCAGUACAGCAGGCAGUAUGAACACAGACCACUCUUGAGUCUCCUCCAAAACUGGGCUGAGUCUGCAUGUGACAAGCUGAGAACCAGUUUCCUGGCAUUAAACAUGGACAUGGUCAGUAAUCUUCCCUUUCUUUUGAAAGCAGUGAAUUUUCAUGAAAGGGUUCUUCAGUGGGGUUUGGUGGCCAGAAUUUAUUAUAAGGCGGUGACCAAGAAGGAGGACUUUUUCAGUGCCUGGAAUGCAUGUCUUCACCAUGUCACCUCCCUGCCUCUGGCACACAUCCACAGAGUGACUUUAGAGCAGUUCUCCCUGGCAGUGAGGAGCUGUCCUGGCCGAGAGGACCAGGCUUUGCUAAUUGAAGGUAGGUUAUCAGACAAAUUUUGCAUGUUAUUUGGAACCAAGCUGAUGUUCCGGGAGCGUGCCUGGUAUCUGGAACAUAAAUAUUUGACUUCCACGGCCAGCAUGAAGAUUAGGAGUCAGUUGCUGGAUUUGUGCGACUCGGUGAAGAAUGAUGCGCUGAGGGUGAUCUCCUCCGCCUUUAACACCAGCCUCCAUGCACCGAUCGCCGGAAUUACCAACCCGUAGGCCUCGUGGGCCUUCUACCCAGCA